AUGGGCGGAUGUUUCUCAAAAGAAAUCAACUUUGCAAGGCCGGGGACGCUAAGUAAACGGAAGAUAAAGGCAUGUAGCGAGUUACAGCGAUGGCAACUUGUUCAUGACGCUAUUUUGAAAAACGAUUUAGCGACCUGUGAGAAACUGUUAAAAGCCGGUCAUCCAGUAAACGACCCAUUAAUGGUGCCUGAGGCGAGUUGGUCAACUCUCGUCGACUGUGGUGGCGUACGACUCAUACACGCCGCAGCCUUACACCGGAGACCACAGAUAUUGCAACUGUUACUGAACUUCGGAGCAGACCCAAAUAUUCUCGACGAUUUAGGAAGAUCAGCGUUACAUAUCUCAGUCAUGUACUGGCCAAAUUUUCGCGACGAGGUUAUAGAAUCGUCAUCGACAGUCAGCAGAGAAAAGGAAAGUUAUCGCCGCUAUGCUGAUUCGAUAAGAAAUCGGUCAAUUGAGUGUGUGGAAUUAUUAUGUAAACACGGUAUUGAUGUCAACAUAGUGAGUGAUCUCCAUCCACCGCCUAUUCACCUAAUAGCCAGUUUUGAUGCUGUUGACAUUUUACACACAAUUUGUGAGUACGGAGCCGAUGUAGACCUCAGGGACAAGACGUUGCUAUACACCCCUAUUUUUGUAGCAACAAAAAACGGCAACGUACGUGUGAUGAAGGCACUCAUAGAUAGAGGUGCUGACUACACGCAUGAAAUUCCCGGCAACAGAACGCUGCUCCACGUGGCUGCUCGGAUCGAUAAUACUAGUGAUACUGAUUGUAUCAAGUUACUCCUGCGGUUGGGAUUGGAUCCAAACGCACAGGACGCUAGCGGAUUUACCCCCUUUCACGUAGCAGCCAGACAGAAAAAUUGGUCUGCACUGCAGCUGCUGUUAGAAUAUGGAGCAAAUCCAGAAAUCCUAAGCAAUGCAGGAACCACCGCGGUAUUCGAAUACAUGGAUACAUUGUUACUUGGCGAUUUACGCGGCAGAACGGACGAUGUGGCUAUUCCAUUCUGGCCUAUGGUGAUAGAGACAAUUCACCCUAACAUAACGCCAGAGAAAUUGCCGAGGUUUUUCACGAUCACGAACAGUAUGGGCAAUGAUGUACUGCCGAUACACGUUAAAGACGCGCUGGCGUAUUUUGAGCACGCCUUGGUUGGCAACCAGCCAGCGGAUUUAAAGGACAUCUGCCGACACGUAAUACGUAGAGUUCUAACAAAGUGUUUUCACUCUUACCCGUGCAUUAAACAGGUUGAACAACUGCCUUUGCCUAGGAUUAUAAAGGAUUAUCUUAUUGAAGAUGUUAUUUUUAUACCUUACAUAAUUAAUACAAAUUACUCGUAUUAA